AUGGGCUACCUCUACUAUCUCCUGCACCCGUUCGAGCUGCGCUCCAUCCUGCAAUGGAAGGUCUACCACGACCCGGUGCACAGGCGUGACGAGGCCAACGAGUCGCCCGAGAUGAAGGAGUGCUUCCGCUUCCUCGACCUCACCAGCCGCAGCUUCUCCGCCGUCAUCAAGGAGCUCAACCACGAACUGCUCUACCCCAUGACGCUCUUCUACCUCGUCCUGCGCGGCCUCGACACGAUUGAGGACGACAUGACCAUCCCGCUGGACAAGAAGGUGCCCCUGCUGCGCAACUUCCACAAGACGAUGCAGCAGGACGGCUGGCAGUUCCACGGCAGCGUCGAGAAGGACAAGGAGCUGCUCGAGAAGUUUGACGUGGUCGUCACCGAGCUCAAGAAGCUCGGCAAGGCCCACUUUGAGAUCAUCGAGGACAUGACGCUCAAGAUGGGCAACGGCAUGGCCGACUACGCCGAGAACGACUUUAUGAUCAAGAACGGCGUGCAGACCAAGAAGGAGUACAACCUGUACUGCCACUAUGUCGCCGGCCUCGUCGGCGAGGGCUGCACCCGCCUCUUCCUCGCCUCGGACCUGGCGCACCCCAAGCUGGCCGAGCGCCCGAACCUCACAGAGUCCAUGGGCCAGUUCCUGCAAAAGACCAACAUUAUCCGCGACAUUGCCGAGGACUGGGAGGAGGGCCGCCGCUGGUACCCCAAGGAGAUUUGGAGCAAGCACGUCGACGAGUGGGAGCACAUGUUCGACCCCAAGUACAGGGAGCAGGCCCUCAACGUCGUGUCCGAGAUGGUGCUCGACGCGCUCAAGCACGUCGAGGAGUGCCUGUUCUACAUGGCCGGCAUGAAGGACCAGAGCGUGUUCAACUUUGUCGCCAUCCCCCAGGGCAUGGCCAUUGCCACGCUCGAGGUCGUCUUCCGCAACCCGGCCGUGCUGGAGCGCAACGUCAAGAUCACAAAGGGCGCCGCCUGCCAGAUCAUGCUCGAGUCGACGCAGAACCUGCAGGUCGAGUGCGACGUGUUCAAGCGCUACGUGCGCCUGAUCCAGGAGAAGAACGACCCCCGGGAUCCCAACUUCCUCGCCAUCUCGGUGCAGUGUGCCAAGAUUGAGCAGUUCAUCGAGACACUAUACCCCCGCCAGAACCCCGAGAAACUGUCGACGGAGAAUGCGCAGUUGCAGCGCAAGGAGCCGACGACAGACCCCGGCGAGGCCGCCGUCAUCUUCCUGGUGGCGCUGGCCUGCUUGGUCUUCAUCACAGCCAUCAUGAUUGGUACCGCCUGGUUGUUUGGCGCGAAGUUCGGCCACAUCCUCGACGACAUGGGCCCCGCGGCCAAGGGAUGGACCUCGAGUGUCUCCGACCCGUCCGCUGUUCGCGACGAGCUGUAA